CUUUAGAAUGCAAAGAAUAAUUAGAACUGAAGGUGAUUAGGAAGAGAUCUUAAAAAAGCAAAAGAGUUUAGUAAAAGAAACAGUUUUUAAAAAAAAAUCAUAAACAAAUAUGGCAAAAGGGAGUUUUAGUGUUCAUUCUAAAAUAAAAACAAAAGAUUCCAUAAUAAUCUCAAUAAAUAAAAUGAGUUAAGAAAAACUGUUAGAUUUGCUUUGUUUAUCUACAUAGGACUUAAAGGAGAGAUUUUUGAAACCGUCAAUUAAACAUGAAAAAAUAAAAAUAGUGAAUAAUAAACAUUUGCCAAGGGAUUUUUUAAACUUAGAAAGUAAAAUAAAGUAUUGA